AUGGAAAAUGACUCAAAAUUUCUUGAAGAUCCUCAUGAAAGAGAACACUUCAAAGCAGUUUGUGGAGCAUUUUUUAAUUAUCAAGUAGACUCAUUAGUUGAUAUAUUUAGGAUAGAAAAAAAUUUUUCAAGUCUCAAGCCAGAGCAUCUAGCUCCCACUUUAUAAUUAAGCAAAACUAUUGGAAAAAAUCCUAUUUUUUGAGGGAAAUUAGCCUUUCGUUGCAAUUGGGAUAAUUAAAUUUUUGAGAUAAGAUUUAAUAUAAAAUUUAUAUAAAAAAUAAAUUAAAGUCUCUCUAUGAGCGAACUAAAAAUUUCUUUUCGCUUACGGAGGGAGUAAGUAAACUUAAAGAACCAAUUGAGAUUCGUACCCAAAAAAUGAAGGAUGGGACAGCUGCAAACUAUUAUUUUUUAACUCAUAUAGUGCAUCCUUAUAUCGAUCUUUUCAGUCACACAAUGCUUCCCGAUGGUCGACUCCAAAUAGAAAACCUCAAUGUUUCUGGCAAAAAUAUAAGUAAAGUCCGUAGCACUCUUAGGCAGCUUGUACGAGACUGAGCCAUAGAAGGCGAAAAAGAGCGAGAGAUGUGCUUUACCGUAAUUUUAGAUGAAAUCAAACGCGUUUUUCCAAACGUGAAAAAUGAAGAAGGAGAGCUGAUUUCGAUAUUAACCCCAGGAGCAGGGCUAGGCAGGCUUUCAUUCGAAAUUGCCAAGCAUGGGUAUAAGUCACAGGGUAAUGAGUUUUCUUAUUUUAUGCUACUGGUUUCAGAUUAUAUACUCAAUAAUACAAAGACGUCAAAUCAGUUCACAGUUUUCCCUUUUAUCCAUGAUUUUUCCAAUGUAUUUACAUUAAAUGAAAUUUUUCGACCGGUAAAAAUUCCAGAUAUAUGCCCAGGAGAAGAGCUAAAAGAAGGAAGCGAUUUUUCAAUGGUAGCUGGUGAUUUCAUCGAAAUUUAUUCUCAACAAAAAUCUCAGUGGGACUGCAUCGUGACUUGUUUUUUUAUGGACACAGCUAAUAACAUAAUGCAAUAUAUAGAAAUAAUUUACGAAGCAUUAAAGCCGGGUGGAGCUUGGAUCAAUUUUGGGCCUCUUCUCUAUCAUUAUUCCAACUCAGACGAAGAAGUUUCUAUCGAUCUGACUUGGGAAGAGUUCAGACACGUCAUACUUCAGUUCGGGUUUACAUUAGAAAAUGAAAAUACCAAGCCUUCAUGAUAUGCAGCAGAGGCAAAUCCAAUGCUAGAAAUCACAUAUAAAUGCAUUUUCUUUACAGCUAUUAAGCCUAAUAAUUAA